AUGACAUUUACUCUAAACUUUGGUAUCGUAGGCUUAGGUGGAAUCUCAGAGACAUUUGCACGUGAUUUACUCACAAAUCCUUUGGAUAGAGGUGUUAGUGAUGUAAACCACAAACUCGUAGCCGCUGGCUCUUCAUCCGACAAGAAAGCCCGAGAUUUCCUUGAAAGAGUUGGUGCUUCAUCCGCCACAGCGUAUUCAUCCUACGAGGGUGUCUACAACGAUCCCAAUGUCACUGUUGUUUACAUUGGCACACCGCACUCACACCACUACCACAACGCCCGCGACGCCCUCCACGCCGGCAAGCACGUCCUCGUGGAGAAACCCGCGGUAAUCACAGCUGACCAGAUGCGCGCACUAGCCCAGCUAGCUCAACAGAAGCACCUCACUCUAAUGGAAGCCAAGUGGACGAGAUUCUUCCCGAUGCUAAAGGAAAUUGAGAAUAAGGUGCACAGUGGUGUUAUUGGUGACGUCAAGCAGGUACACGCUGAUUUCGGACAGACUUUUACUGGUGUGAGCAGCGACCACCGCAUUUUCAAUCUCAAUCUCGGCGGCGGUAGCAUCAUGGAUCUCAUGCCAUACCCGCUUAUCUGGGUGUUUUCCGUGUUAUUCUACCAUCCAGCCAACAAACUCUGCAAGCCUAGUGUCAGGGGCGCAACGUGUAUCAAAAACCAAUAUGGCGUUGACGAAAUGACCACUGCAUUGUUGAAAUUCCCAGGUAUCGACGCAGAUGCUGUUUUGUCUUCGAAUAUCAACGUUGGGUCUAUUUCGACGCUUGUUGUACGCGGUACACACGGUGAGUUGGUAGUGAAUGAUCUCCCACUAUCCAGACCCUUAUCCUACGAGAUUCGCCUGAGGGACACCACCAAUCCCAAUCCAGAUGAUCAGCAAAGGAAGACUACCACGUACCACCACCCAAUCCCCCACCACGGAAUGCACUGGGAGGCCGAUGAGAUGGCUAGGCUGAUUGCUGCCGGUGAAUCUCAAUCUCAGCGCGUGCCUUGGGAUGACAGUGUCUUAUCUGCCGAGUUGCUCGACGACAUACGCAGCCAAGCGGGUAUAAAAUUCCCAGCUGCGAUUGAGAGUGUUUAA